AGGAAGAUAAAUCUUCCUAACUCCAGGCCUGGCACUCCAUCCACUGCGCCACCUAGCUGCUCUGAGUGGUAUACUGAAUUAUAAAAUACACAAUGUGAUAUCCAAAUUUUGUUAGCAAAGAGCAACUUGGCCACAGAGUACUUGCAUCAUUCCAGUUGUGAAGAAGAAAGCCCCUUGAUGACCAGAAAGAUCAGAUAAGGAGCAUCCUGGCUUUUUGGUCUUAUAGGUUCACGGACUUGAGGGGAAUAGGAAGCAUGAGCUGCUUACAGUUGGCCUGCUGCUGCUUCCUCCCUCCCAAUUCCAACUCCCACCUACUCUUCACCGUUUACUCUCUCUGUCUUUUGGUCUCAAAAGGUUGCCCCUCUAAGCUUUGUAGAGUUGGGUUUGGCUUUUUCUUAGCCCAAGUCCUUUCUUUUGUGGGUGAAAUAUUCAUUAUUGCCUUUGAGGUCUGGAAGGCUACAUUCUUGACUGAAGUAUAUGUUUUUUUAACCAACUUUUAAAAACAUACACAUAUAAAUAAAUUGCGUGGUGUGGGGUAACGUCGUAAGUGGUUAUAACAUCGAUAUGGAUCGCUCUGCAGGAAAGAAGUUACAUACCAUUUGUAUUACAAAAUAGAAUUCGAAAUACAUGUUCCCUGUGACAUUAUUUACUUCAUUCUGAGAAAAAUAAUGAAGAACCGCGUGGUGGCGCUGCAGACUAAGAAGAGGCAGAAAAGCUCCGCGAAUGCGCCGAUGCACAGAAAGAGAGCCCAAAGUCACAGUUCAGAGGCAGAGAGGAAGCUUUGUUAGCUGCAACUGAAGAAAGAGAUCGGUCCUACCAGACAGAGAGACAAACGUGGUAGCCUUUGGUUACCAUUUGCAAUCGACCUGUGUUACACAGGUUUAGAGGAGGGGAGCAAGGGAACAAUGGAGAUGGAAGGAGCGAUGAUUCCGCAACAAAGGCAAGUUCUCUUUCUCCUUGUUCUCCUGGGUGUGUCUGGGGCGACCUCAGAGCUGGAGCAGUUUUCGGUAGUGGAGGAGAUGGAGAGAGGUUCCUUUGUGGCCAAUGUGGCAAAAGCCCUGGGCCUGGAGGUGGGGGUGUUUUCCAAUCGGGGAGCUAGAGUCGUUUUCAAAGGGAACAAAGAGUAUUUGCAGCUGCACCCUAAAACCGGGGAUCUGCUCCUGAGGGAGAAACUGGAUCGGGAGGAGUUGUGCGGGCCUGUCGAGCCCUGUGUUCUGCCUUUCCAGAUCUUACUGGAAAAGCCUUUUCAGGUCGUUCGCGCUGAGCUUAGGAUACAGGACAUUAAUGACCAUUCGCCAGUAUUCCUAGACACUGAGACAACCCUAAAAAUCUCCGAGAGCACCUCUCCCGGGACUGUGUUUCUGCUAGAAAAUGCGCAGGAUUUAGACAUAGGAAGCAACAAUCUCCAGAACUACGUUAUCAGCCCCAACUCUCAUUUCCACAUUCAAAUUCGAGGGGAUGCAGAGGGCAGGAAAUACCCAGAGCUUGUACUGGAUAAAGCCCUGGAUCGGGAGGAGCAGUCUGAGUUUAGAUUAACUCUCACUGCAGUGGAUGGGGGAGCCCCACCCAGGUCUGGGACUGCCCAAGUCCUAGUGUUGGUUAUGGACAUCAAUGACAAUGCCCCUGUGUUCUCUCAGUCUCGUUAUGAUGUUCAAAUUCCUGAGAACAGCCCUAUUGACUACCUUGUUGCUAUAGCCUCAGCUAAAGAUUUAGAUGCAGGAAAUAACGCAGACAUUUCCUAUUCGUUAUUUCGUGCCUCUGAAAGCAUUCGUAAAACUUUCCAAUUAAAUGAAAAAUCGGGAGAACUUCGUCUAAAAGAGAAACUGGAUUUUGAGUCAAUUCAGUCUUACACAAUAAAUGUUCAGGCAACAGAUGGUGGAGGCCUUUCUGGAAAAUGUACUAUAGCUGUUCAAGUGAAGGAUUUAAACGACAACCCCCCCGAGCUGACUAUGUCCUCACUUACCAGCCCCAUUCCAGAAAACUCGCCUGAGAUAGUUGUCGCUGUUUUCAGCGUUUCAGAUGUAGACUCUGGGGAAAAUGGAAAGAUGGUUUGCUCCAUCCAGGAUGAUCUUCCCUUUGCCCUAAAAUCUUCGUUUGAGAACUUCUAUACAUUAAUUACAGAGGGAGCACUGGACAGAGAGAGCAGGGCAGAGUACAACAUCACAAUUACAGUCACAGAUUUGGGAUCCCCCAGGCUCAAAUCUGAGUACAAUAUCACAGUGCUCAUUUCUGAUGUCAAUGACAACCUCCCAGUGUUUACUCAGAGAGCCUACAAACUGUAUGUCCAGGAGAACAACAGCCCUGCCCUCCACAUUGGCAGUGUUAGUGCCAGUGACAGGGACUCAGGAAUCAAUGCCAAAGUCACCUACUCCCUACUGCCUCCAGAGACUGGAGACCUGCCCCUCUUCUCCUACAUCUCCAUCAACUCAGACAAUGGUCACCUCUAUGCUCUGAGAUCCCUGGAUUAUGAAGCCAUCCAAGCUUUCCAGUUCACUGUGAGGGCAACUGAUGGAGGCUCCCCAGCCCUGAGCAGCCAGGCUCUGGUUGAGGUUUUGGUACAAGAUGAGAAUGACAACUCUCCCUUUGUGCUGUACCCCCUGCAGAAUGGUACAGCUCCCUGCAAUGACUUGGUGCCCAGAGCUGCAGAGCCAGGUUACCUGGUGACCAAGGUGGUGGCUGUGGAUAGGGACUGGGGACAGAAUUCCUGGCUUUCCUACCAACUGGUCAAGGCCACAGAGCCAGGACUCUUCAAUGUGUGGGCCCACAAUGGGGAGGUUCACACAGCAAGACCCAUCAGUGACAGAGAUGCCAUCAAGCAGAGGCUCCUGGUGCUGGUGAAGGACAAUGGGCAGCCUGCUCUGUCCACAAUGGCCACAGUAAAUGUACUCCUGGUAGAUGGAUUCUCUGAGCCAUACGUGAAGAUCCAAGACUCUAACAAGGAGGAGGCCCAGACUGACUCUCUCACUCUCUACUUGGUCAUUUCUCUGGUAGUAGUGUCCUUUCUAUUUCUGAUCUCUAUCAUUCUGUUUAUCACCCUAAGAGUAUGGAAAAGAAAGACUGGUGGGGGAAAUGGUCACUUUCCAUCCAGUACCCGCUUCCCGAGUCAUUUGGUGGAUGUCAGUGGCACUGGAACCUUGUCUCAGAGCUACCAGUAUGAAGUGUGUCUGACCAGUGAUUUGGGCACAAAUGAGUUCAAGUUUUUGAAGCCAAUUAUUUCCAACUUCCCUCUUCAAAAAUCUGGGAGUGACACUGAGGAAAAUCCAGCAUCAUGGAAUAACAACAAUUAAGAAUACAGUUUUAAGAGCAGACUUUGGAUGUCUUUUACCCCCAGUUAGUUGCAUUCAUUCAUUCUAAUUUCUUCCUUAAGAAAUGCAAUAUAUAAGUGCUUUCUAUUUAAUAAAUUUGCAUGUUCACAGUUGCAUUCUCUCUGUUCUAUUAGUAGUAAUAAUGAAGUAACAUGCUUUAGAUAAUGAAAAACUCUGCAUCCAAUUUCAUGACAAAAUUAAGCCAUGGUUCCCUGGUUGUCUGGUAAAUUUUUCUUUUUAAAAUAAAAAAAUCCACAUUUUACAUGUAUAUCCUUUUUUCUUCAGUAACAUUCUUUCAUUACUUUAUUUUAUACUGAGAUCUUUAGAUUUUUUAUUCAGCUAGAACAUUGAACUCUCUACCAAUAGACAAUGAUGUAAAGUUGGCUUUGUCAUUACUGUGUGACACCAUGACUCACUUUCUUCAUAUGGAAAAAUCAUGUUGGACUAGAUCAUGUCUAAGAUUCCUUCCAGUAUUAAUAAUUUGUGGUCCUGUUAUUCUUAUUAAGCAUCUAGAAUGUGACAAAGCUUGCCUUCAUUUUAAGGAACAGUAAAGUGUGUGGAUAUCUCUUCCCCCCUUAAUUCUAUCUUGAUGGGUUGCCAAAAUAGAUAAUUAAUGUUUUACUUUUAUACUAUCUCAUUGACCUUUACAGCCUGUGAUGUAAACAUUUGGUCCUAUUUCUAAUAUUGUGUUAAAUAUCAGACAGGAUAAUAUCAUUUAGAGUUCUUUUUUCCACCAGAAGCCAAUUAGUCACCAUAUCUCUAAGAGAGCUACUUGUUUAGACCUAUAUUUUCAAAUUGCUUAUUGUUGUAAAUAAGGUGAUCAAUAUGAGUGGGAAUAUCUUUUUAAAUAGUUUUUUAUAACAAAAUAUUAACAAAUUGGUAUAAAAUAGUAAAUCACGUCCUCUAUGAAUCUCACUUUACUAACUUGUAAAAUGAGGAUAAUAGCAAUACUUUCCUUACAGGAUUAUUGUGAGAAUCAAAUAAAAUUGUGCAUGGAAGACAUUUUUCAGAUCUUAAAGUGCUAUAGAAAUAAGAAAUAUCAUUCACAUCAGGGUUAAAAAGGCUACUGCCUACUUUAUUUUUUUUCACAUUGGUUUAUACAAAAUCAAUUAGAUCAAUGUAAUGGCCACAUUCAAGCAACACAAGGAGCCAUCAAGUGACACAAAAUUAGCUGAGCUUUGCAAAGAAGAGCCAUCAUUCACUACACGUAGCUAAUAGAAAUGUGCCUGAGGGCAGGUGGAAUUCACAUCUGAGUAUGGGUGAAGGUCAUAAAAAAUUUUAGUGUAUCUGGGAUAGGGGUGUGCUGUAUCCAGCGCCAAUGGGCUUGCUAGAGCUGACUGUUAAAUUUUCGAUGUGUGUACGUAUACAUUAAAAAUCAGCAAUUGUUAUGAGGACUUGGGUUUUUGUUCAUUGUUCAUUGCCUAGAUUUAAGAAAGUGUUAACCACUCAGAUUAAACUUAAAAGUGAGAGUGCAUACAUUUCCCUUCCCCUUCAUUACUUUAUAACCAUUGCUUGUGCUCAGAGGGAGUACAAGAGAAGGCUUAGGUAAUAAAGUCAUUACCAGACUGAUGAUUAUAGACUAACUAUAACAACAACCACUGAUAGUCAUAUAGAACUUUACAAUUCUUUUUUUUUCUUUUUUGCGGGGCAAUGAGGGUUAAGUGACUUGCCCACGGUCACACAGCUAUUAAGUGUUGAGUGUCUGAGGUUGGAUUUGAACUCAGGUCCUCCUG